CGGAGCAGCCUGGGAACUGCUCCAUGUCUGCCCCUCGGGUAUAAAGACAGCCUUCUGGGAGGCCAGCCGGGAGAAGAGGCUGGGCUGGCUCUGGGGACGGACGCAGCAGGCUACACAGAAGCGGGCACCUUGAUCGGAGAUGACUCCUGCCAGCAUGGGCCUGGGAGCCACCAUCGUUUGCCUCUUGGCCUGGGCUGGCCUGGCCGCGGGUGACCGGGUGUACAUCCACCCCUUUCACCUCCUCUUCUACAGCAAGAGCAGCUGUGAGCAGCUGGAGAAAGCCGACGUGGAGACGCCCAAAGAGCCGACCUUCACACCCGUCCCCAUUCAGGCCAAGACGUCCCCCGUGGAUGAGGCGGCCCUGCACGACCAGCUGGUGCUGGCCGCCGAGAAGCUAGGGGAUGAAGACAGGUUGCGGGCUGCGAAGGUCGGGAUGCUGGUGGACGUCCUGGGCCUGCGCAUGUACAGGACCCUGAGCGAGACGGGGACUGACCCCAGCGGGGCUGUCCUCUCCCCAGUGGCUCUCUUCGGCACUCUGGCCUCUUUCUACCUGGGCGCCUCAGGCUCCACGGCCACCCAGCUGCAGGCGUUCCUGGGCGUCCCUGGGGAGGACCAGGGCUGCACCUCCCGGCUGGACGGGCACAAGGUCCUGUCGGCCCUGCAGACCAUCCAGAGCCUGCUGGUAGCCCAGGGUGGGCCAGGCAGCCAGGCCCCACUGCUGCUGUCCACGGUGCUGGGCCUGUUCACGGCCCCCAGCCUGCGCCUGAGGCAGCCGUUCAUGCAGAGCCUGGCUCCCUUUGCUCCUAUCAUCCUCGCACGCUCUCUGGACCUGGCCACGGACCCGGAUCUUGCUGCUGAGAAGAUCAACAGGUUCAUGCAGGCCGUGACUGGCUGGAAAAUGCAUAGACCCCUGACGGGAGCCAGUGCAGACAGCACCCUGCUCUUCAAUGCCUACGUCCACUUCCAAGGGAAGAUGAAGGGUUUCUCGCUGCUGCCCGGGGCCCGGGAGUUCCGGGUGGACAACAGCACCUCAGUGUCCGUCCCCAUGCUCUCGGGCACGGGCACCUUCCUGCACGGGAGCGACGCCGAGAACAACUUCUCCAUGACCCGCGUGCCCUUGGGCGGGAGCGCCUGCCUGCUGCUGAUCCAGCCCCACUGCGCCUCUGACCUGGACCGAGUUGAGGCCCUGGUCUUCCAGCACGACUUCCGGAGCCGGAUGAAGAACCUGUCUCCCCGGGCCAUCCGCCUGACCAUGCCCCAGCUGAUGCUGCGAGGCUCCUACAACCUGCAGGACCUGCUCACCCAGGCCAAGCUGCCCACCCUGCUGGGUGCUGAGGCGAACCUGGGCAAAAUCAGCGAUGCCAGCGUCACAGUGGGACAGGUGCUGAACAGUGUUCUUUUUGAACUCAAAGCAGACGACAGAGAGCAGCCCACGGAGUCCGCCCCACAGCCCGCUGGGCCUGAGGUUCUGGAGGUGACCCUGAGCAGCCCCUUCCUGUUUGCAGUUUACGAGCGUGAGGCCAGCACCCUGCACUUUCUGGGCCGCGUGGUCAGCCCUCUGCACAAGGCCUGAGGCUGGGCCUUGCACAGCGGCUGCCCUUGACCUGUGAGACAAAGGCCAGCAGCCAACCUGGGCAAAGGCAGCGAUUUGUCAGCACUCUUCUGAGUCCACUGGGAGCUGGCAAGCAUCCGUCUCUCCUCGGGAAAGGGUGCUGUGUAUACUGAGCAGCAGAAACCCACCCAGCACACACACGGCGCUGAGCUUAUUUGGGAGAAUGGGGGAGGGGAGCCAUGCACCAGAGUUCAGCCCAGGACCACAGUGUUCUGGAAGGAAUCUGAUCAGAUCAUGUUGCCUGUGAAACCAAAAGCGUUCCCUUUUUAAUGGAGAAUGGAGAUUGGGCUUAAAAAUGCAAAUAUACAUUUUGCAUUGUCUUCGGUUUAUAUUUAGCUUAUUGAAUGGGACCAAAUGAUUUUCAUGUAGUUUCCACUUAUCUUAGCUUUGAGAAACAUUAGGAAAGACGAAAGCAUCUGAAUUUGUGCUGCGAUUCAUGUAACACCAAUUGCUGGCUAUGUCUUGUGUUAUUAAUAAAUGACUUGAGAUGAUAGGCCUGGAAAAUUCCUAGCAGCAGAACUUGGCUCUGAGCAGCCCAGCUGACAGGCGGUGCAAAUCGAAGUGCUUCCUAGGGCUUGGGAUAAGACGUCCUGGGAGUGCCCCGGCCAGUACCUAGCAGUCUGCUGAUGUCUGGGGUGAUGUCGUUUCUCCAGACACUUCCAUCUGUAAACACUAGCGCCCAAAGGUGUGAUGCACAGGGGUUGCCCAGGGGAGGCUCUGCACCCUACCAGCAAAAGGAGCUGGGCACACGGGUGCUUCUUCCUUUCUGGGGACCCACGGUCAUUUUACUGGGGAGUGGGAGACGGAGAAAUAAACACUCAUAUUUUCAAGUUC